AUGACCUCGGUGGUCCUCGGUUUCCCCAUUUGUAAUGUCAGCAUGUCCACCGUGAGGCUUAAUUAUGACCAAGCUUAUAGCACGCCCAGCACAGAGCCCCACUCGGAGGAAAGGUCCUUCCCAGGUAGCUGUCGGCAUUACAGGUACGGGGAGGGGCCAGAACACAAGAGGGGUGGGGGUGGGGGCUCGCCCAGGAGCCCCGCCGGGAGACCAUCGGGUCGCCACCCUCUGCGCUGUGACAGCAGCAAGACAAAGUCCUGGGCGCUGCCCCCGCUCCUCGCCGCAUCGCCAGCGGCUCCCCCACCUCUGCGCCCGGCACGGAACGGGUGCGGGGCUGGGCCAGGGCCGGCCCGGGGGAGCGAGUGGGGCGGGGCCGCCGCGCCCGCUCCCCCUCCCCGCCGCCCGCCGCCCGCCGCCCUCUCCUCCUCCCGCCUCUCGGGCUCAGAGCGGCGGCAGCAGCGGCCGCGGCGACAGCUCCGGCUCCGGCUCCGGCUCCGGCUCCCGCGCCGGCCCCGCGCGCCCGGGCCCCGCGCCCCGACCCCGCCGCCGCGCCUGCCGGGGGCCUCGGGCGCCCCCGCCGCCCGCCUCACGCUGAAGUUCCUGGCCGUGCUGCUGGCCGCGGGCAUGCUGGCGUUCCUCGGUGCCGUCAUCUGCAUCAUCGCCAGCGUGCCCCUGGCGGCCAGCCCGGCGCGGGCGCUGCCCGGCGGCGGCGCCGCCGACAACGCCUCGGCCGCCUCGGGCGCCGCAGCGUCCCCCGGCCCGCAGCGCAGCCUGAGCGCGCUGCACGGCGCGGGCGGCUCGGCCGGGCCCCCGGCGCUGCCCGGGGCUCCUGCGGCCAGCGCGCACCCGCUGCCGCCCGGGCUGCUCUUCAGCCGCUUCCUGUGCACGCCGCUGGCGGCCGCCUGCCCGUCGGGGGCCGAGCAGGGGGACGCGGCGGGCGCGGCGCCCGGCGAGCGCGAGGAGCUGCUGCUGCUGCAGAGCACGGCCGAGCAGCUGCGCCAGACGGCGCUGCAGCAGGAGGCGCGCAUCCGCGCCGACCAGGACACCAUCCGCGAGCUCACCGGCAAGCUGGGCCGCUGUGAGAGCGGCCUGCCGCGCGGCCUCCAGGACGCGGGGCCGCGCCGCGACGCCAUGGCCGACGGGCCGGGGGACUCGCCCGCGCUCAUCCUUGAGCUGGAGGACGCUGUGCGCGCCCUCCGGGACCGCAUCGACCGCCUGGAGCAGGAGCUCCCAGCCCGUGUGAACCUCUCGACUGCCCCGGGCCCUGCCCCCGUGGCGCCCACCGCCCUGCACUCCAAGGUGGACCAGCUGGAGGGGCAGCUGCUGGCCCAGGUGCUGGCGCUGGAGAAGGAGCGUGCGGCCCUCAGUCACAGCAGCCGCCGGCAGCGGCAGGAGGUGGAGAAGGAGCUGGACGCCCUGCAGGGCCGCCUGGCCGAGCUGGAGCACGGGUCCUCGGCCUACAGCCCCCCAGACGCCUUCAAGGUCAGCAUCCCCUUCCGGAACAACUACAUGUACGCUCGCGUGCGGAAGGCGCUGCCCGAGCUCUACGCGUUCACCGCCUGCAUGUGGCUGCGGUCCAGGUCGGGCGGCACCGGCCAGGGCACCCCCUUCUCCUACUCGGUGCCCGGGCAGGCCAACGAGAUCGUGCUGCUGGAGGCAGGCCACGAACCCAUGGAGCUGCUGAUCAACGACAAGGUGGCCCAGCUGCCCCUGAGCCUGAAGGACAAUGGCUGGCACCACAUCUGCAUCGCCUGGACCACAAGGGAUGGCCUGUGGUCUGCCUACCAGGACGGGGAGCUGCAGGGCUCCGGCGAGAACCUGGCUGCCUGGCACCCCAUCAAGCCUCAUGGGAUCCUUAUCUUGGGCCAGGAACAGGAUACCCUGGGUGGCCGGUUUGAUGCCACCCAGGCCUUCGUCGGUGACAUUGCCCAGUUUAACCUGUGGGACCACGCCUUGACACCUGCCCAGGUGCUGGGCAUUGCCAACUGCACCGGGCCAAUGCUGGGCAACGUCCUUCCCUGGGAAGACAAGCUGGUGGAGGCCUUCGGGGGUGCAACGAAGGCUGCCUUUGAUGUCUGCAAGGGGAGGGCCAAGGCAUGAGGGGCCACCUCAUCCAGGGCCCCUCACCUCCCUGCCACUUUGGGGACCUUGUGAGGGGCACAUCUCCUCCUCAGCCUGCCCACGCACUGGCCUUCCCUCCUGCCCUACUCCUGGCCGUGCCUCCAUUUCCCCUCACCUAUACCCACACGUCCAAAAUGCCCUCCCCUGUGAGUGUGUCCCCUCACCCCUCCUGAUGGGGACAAGCAUCUCAAGUCACCAGGUGAAGCCUGGGGUGAGCCCAGGCUCUGCCCACCCUCCUGGCAUUGCACUGGAGUCGUCUGUAACCCCCCCCACCGGUCCCAUCAGUCACAUCUGAUUCCACUAAUCCCGACGGCAUCCCCCACAAGGUUGU